CUCUCCUUCAUGCGGCAGAUCGCGGAGGCGAUGAAGCACUUACACAUGCUCGGUAUCACGCACCGCGACCUCAAGCCCGACAACGUGAUGGUGCACGCGGACCUGAGCAUCCGGCUCGGCGAUUUUGGCCAGGCGCGCCAGGAGGCGAACAUGAUGAGCAAUAUGCCAGGGUCGGCAUACUACAUGGCUCCGGAGGCUCUCCAGGGUGUUGACUACCGUAAAUGCGCCGACGUGUACUCGUACGCCAUCACGUGCUGGGAGAUCCUG